UGUCAAUUUACGUAGGUAUUUUCAAAAAACGAUAAAAAUUAUUAAAAAUAGAGAGAAUUAGCUACAUUGCUCCACGAAAAUACUUUAAAUAACUUUUUAUUGUUUAGACCAAUCUUGUGUUCACUGCAUUUAACAUAGCGAGUGUGUAGUCAUAAAGAUGGAUCCUGCUGAUCAUCUAAUUAAACAUGAAAAAAUUAGUUUGGAGGAGGACCCCAUCCUCAUGAGACCCAAUGUAUCAGGCUCCAAAUGUGAAAUAGUCAAUGAAUGCCAGAUGUUUCUUAGGGCUGAAGACGGUGGAGGUGAUGCCCAUAUGAGCCUGACCGGAAACAUGCUUCCAGACAAGGAUGAAAAGCCGAAAUUUGUUACGUCUACUCCAGAUCAGAAGAAAGAGAGUCCUUCUGACAAUCUUAUAGCAGACUCCAAUCCUGAAUGUGAUAUUGAAGGAGUCCCUGAUCUACCGCUGGAUGAUGGGUUACCUAGUACUGUGACAGUGCUGGAUGCUCCGGAUGGUGGGAAAGUAUACUUAGUGGGCACUGCACAUUUCAGCAUACAAUCACAGGAGGAUGUUUCUAGGGUCAUUCAAGAAGUGAACCCUCACAUUGUGAUGGUGGAACUGUGUGAGCAGCGAACUAACAUUUUGUUAUUAGACGAAGAGAUUAUACUAAGAGAAGCUAAGAAUAUAAAUAUCAAAAAGAUAAGGGCAACGAUGGCCCAAAAUGGGGUUUUCAACGGCCUGAUGUACAUCCUACUGCUGAAUAUGUCUGCGCACAUUACGCGGGAAUUGGGAAUGGCACCUGGUGGCGAAUUCCGACGCGCAAUGGCGGAGGCCAAAAAGAUACCAAAUUGCAUCGUCCAGUUGGGUGAUAGGGCCAUUGACAUCACAUUACAUCGGGCCUUAGCCUCUUUGUCCUGGGGGCAGACGAUUAGAUUUAUAUGGCAUUUGCUCACUUCCAAUCAAACUAUUAGCGUGGAAGAAGUAGAGAAGUGCAAACAAAAGAAAAUGCUAGAAGACAUGUUAGAGGAGAUGGCCGAAGAGUUCCCCGCGCUCAAACGAGUCUUCGUUGUGGAGAGAGACAUGUUCCUUUGCCAUUCGCUGCAAGUUGCCGCUCUGCAACCCCGUCGAGAACCUUGCCGUAUCGUUGGAGUGGUGGGAAUCGGACAUGUCGCAGGCAUUGUUGAACAUUGGGGCAAGAUCAGGCAGCAGGAUAUUGCGCCUUUACUCAAGGUGCCUCCUCCGUCGCUGUCGACGCGCGUGAUCCGCGUUUCGGUGCGCGUGGCAUGCGUAGGCGCGGUGGUUUAUGCAGCGUACAAGUUAUUACCGCGCCGCUGGCUCUCGCCGCUUUGAUCGUUGUCGCCGAGUAUGAAAGUUUUUAUCGUCCUGGACUAAAAAAAAUAUAUUAAAAAAUCAAGAAUAUCUUCUAAAGAAUAAUCUAGUAUAGAAUUUUCUUAACUAAUACAAGACUAUUAGAAUCUUAUUACACAAUUAUUAUUCCGGGUCUAAAUGUAAAAAGUCAUUAUCGUUAUCAUAGCAUAUCAUGACAACGUAAAUGUAAAUCUUUAUCUUCGUUUGAUGUGUUGGGCGUCAAAUAAAAAUGUAAUAUCGUAUUUUUAAACGAGCAAGAGUGAAAAAUAUUAUUGUUUUUUCUGGAACAUUUCUUUUUCACGUAAAAUAGGUACUUUAACUUUGAUCUAUGUUAUAUUAUUAAUGAUUCCUUUUGUUUUUUUAUUUCAAUUUUCUAUACCUACUCAAUUUAUGUUGUACAAAAUUCGAUUAAGUAUACACCUCGACGUUACAAACGCGUGAAAUCGGUGAAAUUAUUUUAUAUUGAGUGAGAUUAAUUUCAAUUUUAUUUUUCUCUCUUGUAAUGUUGUCUUUAUCACAAUCAGUCCUACUUGUAUGUUUUAAUCACGCUGGUCAACUAUUUAUUGUCAAAUGCAUUAUGAUAAGCAGAGUUAUUCUUGUCUGCGACACCUUUUACUUUAGGUAUUAUUAAAAACUCUAGCUGGAAGCGAAUUUUCGACUUUUCUUGCCGUAGUAAUACUAUGCGAUGUUCAAAUCGGAUAAAAGCCGUAACUUCUCUUGAUUAUGCUGUUAUUAACUGACUUUAAUAAAAGGAGGAGGUUCUCAUUUAGGUAUUGUCUGUAUUCAGAAGCUGCUCUCAACUCUAUUCUGAUAUGUAUUUGGUAAUUAAAGUUUAGAGUUUGAAGACAAAAACAUUGAAAAUUAGUUGAAUUCUGAUCUUUAUGACUAUGGAAUUUGACAGAAACGAGCACGAUUCAAAUGUACGAAUAGACUCGGUCAAUAAGUAGAUUAUUUGACGCACACACAUUAGAUCUUAUUAUUUAGUCUACAAUAAUUCACGUUCUCUUCUCUUCUCUAUAUUAAUAAUAAAGUUUGAUCUGACCACUGUAUUUUACAAAUCUGAGAAAAUAUGCCGGUAUUUACAAAAUAUGAAAGAAUUUAUGCGUUAGACUGAGUAGUAUACUUUUUACUAUUGCACCUAGGAAUAUAUUAUUUUAUUUUAACACAAAACAUGAUCGUCAUAUUAAGAUUUUACAAUAUGUAUAAUGAAAACUUGUAUGGAUAAAUGAAGUAGACUUGUAAAUAUGUAUAGUCCGCGACAAUAGAUAAUUUUGUAUAUAAAAAUCGAUACUAAUUGAUUUAAUUGUUACAACUAAUGCAACAUUAUUUUAUUUUGCGAUUAAAAUAGGUUUAAUCAUGUCACUAGAGAAAGAUGUAAAUGUUAUACGCGCUUAAUAUUUUGUUUGCUUGCUUGCUUAGUUUUUAUUGUCACGGACUAUACAUAGAUUCUGAAUUGCUCAUUAUUGACCUAGAGUUAGAUAAAAAGUCAAGUUUUAAACUUUAACUAAAAAUAGCUAACCGUUUUGAAUAUCAGAUACAUUUAAUUUUUGGCUAUUUUUAGAUAGGUAGUUUAAAACUUGCAUUUUUAUUAGUAAGAUCGUCAGUUAGUAUGUAAAGCUUUUACAAAUACAAGGAAUAAUAAUUGCCUGAAAAAAAUACCUUAGUGCCCAGAUUGUGAAGUGCCACUGCCCGAAGUGUCUGAUCAGAUAAUCUAAGAUAUGCAUAACAUAGGUAACUUUUCCAGCUUAUAUUCAUUUAAUUUUAAGAAACUUAUGAAAUCUUCACUUUGUUUCAAAAAUGCUUAAGAAGGCACUUACUUCUGUUAACCCCUUUUUGCCGUUUGUUAUAAUAUCACAAAGGUCUAUUUUGUGCUUUCCUAUUUUUACAUAAGAUUAAUUUUAAUUUGUUGAUUUUUGACGUGAUUCUUAGAAUCACAAUUAUUACGAGUAACGUUUAAUGUGUAACGGAUGUUUUCUUAUGAAUUAAUUAACAUCAGUUUAAUGCCUGUGAUAAAUUAGAAAAUUACAAUUAAACUUUCCAUCCAUUUCUAGAGUAGCGGAAAAGCUCACGUUAGUUCCUUCGGUGUUAAGUAUAAACAUAAAAUUAUUUUUUGUUUUGAUUACAAAUAUUAUUACCUAAUGUCCAUUUCUUUUAGUUACUUAGGUUCAAAUUCAUUUGUUUACAAAACCACGCACGUUGUCUAUUAAUGAAAAAUUGUUAUUACUAUUAUACCGCUAUUCCAUAUUAAAGUUUUGCAGCUGUAAUUAGCUAGUAACAAAUAAGACAUUAAAUACCGUAUAACUUUUACCUCGUAAAACAAUAGUUCAAGUGUACCUAUCGCAAAGAAUGGAAUAAUUUUCUCGUAAACUUCUAACUGAAACGUUUUAUUUUAGGAAUAAUUAUGCACCAUCAGGAUUAAUGCUAUAACUAGAUUGUUUUUAUAUAAAUAUGCGAAGACACUGUUUCAAAUGUUUUUCUCUUACUAUGCUCGAUAAUAAUGUUUAUAGUGCGAUUAAAUUCGCCUGGAAUAUGCGUUGCCUUUAGUUAGGUCAUAGAUUUAUCACAUAAUAUUGUAUAAUGUGUGUAUAAGUAUAAAGAAGCGGCAAUGAGUAUAGUCGGCCUGGUUA